CCGCCUGCCCAGCCUCCCCGCGCCUCGCCGGCCUCCCAAAAUGGCCCCUCGUCAGGAAAUGGCGCCGCCGCCUCCAGUGCUCGCUCCCCAGGAGGGUGGGCCCGCGCCCGGGGGCGCCUCCCACUCCACCGUCCCCAGGACCCCACCCCGGAGCGCCAGCGCCCUCCCGACCUCGAAGGAGACGCGGCCCAAGGGCUCGCCAUCGGCCGCGAUGUCGAAGAACACGGUGGGGUUGACCAUGGCUGCAGGAAGCGACGAGAAAGGACAGCGGCGUCUGCAAAGCGGCACGAGCCUGGCCGCCCCGCUUCUUUUAUACACGGCCUGGGCCCCGCCCACCGCCCUGUCGCGCGCCUGGACCUUGAUCAAUCGCAAUUGCUUCCCAGACGGAGUGACGGCGCGGGCAGCCUAUGGGCGCACGCGGGCUCGAGGUGGGGCGGGGAGUGAGGUGCGCGUGCGCCGUCGCGCGCGGAGGCAGGUUCCCGCCCGCGGGCUUCUACCGAGUGGCUGUGGCGCGGUCGGUGGGGGUUAGGGUCUGAGGGCAGUUGGGAGGGUGUCCACGCUUUCUGGCUGUCCUUAGGAUCGCGUCGGGGCCUCUGGCCCUCCCCUGUGAAGGCGCGCAUCUUCCCAUUGCACAGAGAGAGUAACUGAGGUAAACACGGACCUCAAGGUCGAGCGGUUCUUCAAGGUCGGGCGGGGUCCUGCGGCGCGGCCUGCGCUGCGGAAACGCGAACCGGCAUCCCUGGGCGGAGAUCCAGGACCCGCAUCGGCAUCCUGCACUGGCAACCGCUUCCUGCUAGGUUCCUUUGAGCGCCUCCGUUUUCCUCAACUUUCGGAAGGGACACAAGCAGCCCCCUCUUUUGAAAGAUUAUGAAAUACUUUUUAAAUGUCCUACUUUCCAAAAAUAUCCUGCCUAUUCUCCAAGAGGAAGCUAUUUAAACAGGAUCCUGGCCAGAUCCUACCUGUAAUUAUUUUCUCCCCCCUCCCCCAGCAAGGUUUGGGUCUUUCUCAUUUCAUCAUGAGGCCUAAGGUGUACACUCAAUACAAGUGCUUUGAAGCAGGGUGGCACAUGCCUGAAACCCCACCUCCAGGUAGAGUUCCUGACAGCCUGAGCUCUAAAUGUGAGACCCCCGCCUCAAAAACAAGAAAGGAGGAACAAGAGAGGAACAAGAAAGCUUGACUGCGGGAAAGUCAGUGCUGCUCUCCCGCCGUCUGUGGGAGCUGGCUUCGAGCUGUAAGGCCUUAGAUACAGCGCCUCAGGAAUGUGGGUCUGGCCGUGCCUUAUUUGGAUGAAUCAGACCAAGAGCACAUUCGCUUGAACGACAGAAUCUUGGUCGGCCGAGCUGGAAUCUUCUGUACCAGUGUAGCUUUUAUUCAUAUACCAUCCUAUAAACGUGCUUUUCUCAAAAAUGUCCCUUAUGCAAGCAGAAGGACCUGCGUUUGAAUCCCCAGGACCCAUACAAAAGCCAGGCCAUAGGAAGGGGUCUCUAAGCCCCGGACCUGGAGGGAGUAGAGAUGGUUGGCAAACCAGUCUAGACAAAACUGAACUCCGAGUGCAGUGAGACCCUUCCCCAAAGGGCGGGUGGAGGGGCUGGGGAGGUGGUUCAGUGGUAAGAGCACUUGCCUCCUCUCCCCCCCCCCCCCCGCCCCUGCCCCCACGCAGUUGUGUUUUAGGAGUUUUUUUCCCUAGUCUGGGUUCAAUUUCUUCUUCUUCUUUUUUUUUUUUAAACUGAGGCCCUUUGCAUGAUAUGUCUAAAGUCUUUUUUAAUUUAUUUAUUUUUACUUUGUGCACAUUGGUGUUUUGUCCCCCAGAACUGGAAUUACAGACCGUUGUGAGCUGCCAUGUGGGUGCUGGGAAUUGAACCCCGGUCGUCUGGAAGAACAACCAGUGUUCUUAACCACUGAGCCAUCUCUCCAGCCCUGAGUUCAAUUUCUUAGUAGACACAUCUGCUGAUUGUGUGUUUCCUCUUUGAGGAAACUGUCUCAGGCUCCUGCCAGCAGCCAGCCCUGCUACAGUGGAUCAUAUUCUCAAGCUGUGGACCAGGGUGAAUCCUGCCGUUCCUUAUGUUGCUCUUUAAAAAUUAUUUGAUGGGCGUGGUGGCACACACCUUUAAUCGCAGCACUAGGGAGGGAGGCAGAGGCUAGCUUGCUCUACCUAGUGAGUUCCAGGACAGCCAGGGCUGUGUAGAAAAACCCUGUCUUAAUAAACCUAAAUGAAAACAUAAAUAAACAAACAAAUAAGUAAAAAUUGAAGAAUACACAGGUUGGAACUGGAGUGUGGCUCAGUUGGUAGAACACAUUCUGUACAAAGCCCUGGGUUCUAUCGCAGCUGCUCAUAAAGGAAGCAUAUCAUACACACCUGCUAGUCUGUGGAGGCAGGAGGAUCAGGGGCUUAAGGUGGUCCUUGCCUAUAGCAGCUUAGAUAUGAGACUGUCUUAAGAAAAUAAAGGGGGGGGGCUAGAGAGGUGGCUCAGAGGUUAAGAGCCCUGACUGC